AAGAGUGGUUAAACUACCAAAAUUACUCCAAGAGGGCAUCAACAACUUAUCCAAGGAGUUAGUACUAUGACCUAGAGCAACAUCUAGAGCACAGCAGGCCUCACCUACCUCAGUGCAAUGGUCUGUUCAUGACUGUAAGAAAUUGGGCAACAAUGGCAUCCAUGGCUGAGUUCCUAUGUUGAUUAAAGACAACACAAAGACCAAUGUCACUAUCUAGAAUAUAUAUCUAUCCAGGCUUUACCCCAAUUCUCACCUGAUGACUGCUGGAGAUUGGCACCAUCCCAUUGUGACCCUGGAAGGAAGAGCAGGUAUAGCCGAUGAACCGAUGGGCUUUUUGAUGAUCCUGAAGACUUGGGGAAAUGUUCUGUGGAUUAAUGAAACACAAGUUUGUGGAAGAUGUGCUAUGUAAAACUAAGCUUUUAAUGUGAGGUUCCUUUGCUGCUUCAGUACUUGCUGUUAUUGGCAUUAACUCCUCAAUAGUGGAAAACCUUGAGGGAAAAGGUUUGUCCAUCAGUUUGAAAUCUUAAACUGAAGCAAAUGUUGGUUAUGCAGCAAUGAGUCAGACAGUGACUCAUUGCUGUGUCUAAAAUUAAUUAGGUUUUGCAGUGGUUCAUUCAACGGUGGGACUUAAAUCCAAUUGAGUUUCUGUGGCAUGAGCUUAAACAGACACUGGCCACCAAAGUACCUUUAUUAAAAUAGUUCUGCAGCUGAAAGUGGGCCAAAAUUCCUCCACAGAAAUGUGAAAAACACAUUGCCAGUAAAACACUGGAUGGCAUCUGUUGCCACCAAAAAUGGCAGAUUUUAGAGGGCUACUGCUUUUUCACACGUUUGGGAAUUUCCCCCCCCCCCCAUUAAUAAGUAGAAUCAUUUGAAAACUGCAUGUUGUAUUUGAUUAGGCUAUCACUCUUGUUUUCCUUUAAACUCAUCAAAGUUCUUUCAGUUCAUUUAUCCACCAUUGUCGAAAAAUAGAACCAAGUGUGUGAUAAAACACAAUUACAUUUAAAUGUAAACAGUAACAGCCCAGAGAAGUAAUGGGCAUACUUCUCUGAGCUGUCCAGCAGAGAAGCUGCAACCGAGACGAGGGAUUAAUCUGCCAAGGAGGAAGCAGCAAAUAUGUUUCCUUGGGCUCGCUAUGCGGGUCUGGCUGUGAGCCCUUCGGAGAGAUUUACCACCACCUACAAUUCAGACUUUAAACCAUUUCACCAACGUAAAACAUUUCUGAAGCCCAUGCCUCCCACUAAAAUUGGGGGUGUAAACAUGACGCGUAUGCCUGAACGUGAUACAUCGGCUAUGUUGCUUCAGCACUACUACAUGAAACCCCCCGAAACCAAAACCUCAUUUAUUAGCCCCCAGAACCCUCCGACUACCCUUUUCCCAGUCUUCAUACCUUCACUCGGCGGCAUAGCCACUUCCUUUUCUGAGGAGCUCAGAAAUGCUGGCUGUUUAAGGGACGAUGCUCCAUGGCACAACGUCUACGGUGAACGGGCUGGCCUGUUGAAGCGGCAAAUGGAGGAUCCAAGUGGGGCCACUGACAUUCACUACGAGGAGGGAGUGAUUGUUUUAUCACCCUACAGAGGUCCCAUCAAGUGUGAGGAUGUCCUGCAGCUUCUGCACAAGACCGCCACGCCGACUCACAUGGGCACCCUUCCACGGGGGUCGGCUCCCUACAUCACACUGAAUCACGCCACAGGAGUCACGGGGGGCAACUUGACCGCCGUGAGCCAACCAGCUGUAUGUCAGCCCGCCCCCGCCCUUCAAUCUUCAUCCCACUACUGCGGCAACUGUGGAUGUAAAUCUGAGCAUCCUUUAGGUUGCUGCUGUGGGGCGCAACUUGUCCCUCCUCACAUCUGUCAGAGCGGCGGCCUGCCACACCCCAUCAAGAGGCCUCCGCUGACCGAGUAUCAGGACAGCUAUUCCGCUAAGUGGUUCCAGCCGAAGAUCAAACCUGGCUAACGUCACCUUCCUCCUUGUCACAAAGUUCAGCCCCCAAUACACAGCUCAUGAAAAGAA